AUGGCAGGGGAUAGUAUAAGCGCUGACGGCACUGGCGUCCAUCCAGUUGAACUGUCGGUGUAUUCAGUAUUGUCCACCGAUUUAGACGGACUGUAUCAAUCGAUCAAUGAAUUACGCGAGUCGCAAGCACUACUCAUCCUUAUGCUUCGGAAGGUUCGCGAUAAACUUCGAAGAGAAGGUCAAGUCCUUUAUGACCCAGAACCAUUCAAACCAACCAUGGAUAAACUGGCUGACUUAUCUGCCCGUGUGCGCAUUCUCUCACAAAGAUACGAGGAGCUUCAGGGGAAUGCUAGAGCCCUCAACAACUAA